AUGUCUUUUACUCAUUCUCCAUCAAAACAAGAUUUUGUGACGAUAUUAGCUAUUUAUGAUGACCCUCCUCCACCAGCAUCAUUUAAAUCAACUAAUGUCAACACAACAAUUGUUUCCACAUCAUUACCUGAAGAAAGAACAAAAAAGCCGCUAAAACUUGAAAUUGCUUCGAAUCACAAAAUUUCAAAUCAACAGAGAAACAAAAAUGAUAGAAGCCCUUUUAUUGAUGUAAAAUCAUUGGAUAUGCCCCCUAGUAGUAUUGGUCUUCAAGUACAACAUUCUGAAACCAAAUUUUCAAAUUUAUCAAAGCCACAUUCUGAGAAAAAUUUAAGAAAACACCAAAGUGGAGAGGCUAUGUCUGUACAUUUUGCCCCAACGCAGAAAAAAGAUCCAGAUAAAUCAUUCCAAGAAGAAAAUUGGCGACAAAAUAAUUCUAGAAAAUCGAGAAUUGGAGAUAACUUUUUGGAUGCUAAAGAAAAAAUAGAUUUGGAACAGAACGAAUUGAAGAAAUGGUCUUCUUUUUUACAUGUUGAUCCCUCAAAUUAUCGAUUUCAGAAAAUUGUUCUCUCACCAGAAACUAAAGAUUUGUCAAUGGGAUUGGAGAUCUCUGCUGUUCCUAAUCCUCAACGUCCAAGUCAUUUAUUGGCCGUUGAGGUUAGAAAAAUUGAGCAAAGAGGAAGGAUAGCUGAAGAUGGUCAACUUCGAGUUUGUGACCAAAUUGUUAAUAUUAAUGGAACUCCUUGUGAUCAGAUUUCCUUUGCCCGAGCACGUCUUCAUCUUCGAGAUCUUCAAUCAAUUCCAGAACCUUCCCUUUCCUUCUUUCGCCGAAUUAAUUCAAAAAAAUUAAAUAAUAAUAGUCCACAACUUGAACAAUUUAAAUUAAAAAAAGGAGAAAAUACUUCUUUAAUUGGUUUUUGUAAAGAAAUUAAAUUAACUAAAGGGGAAGAUGGUUUUGGAUUUAGCUAUGCUGGGAGAUUAAAUGCUUCUGAACAACAUUUAUAUUAUGUUAAAGGUUUAAGGAAAAAUUUGGAUUUGACUUUGGGGGACAGAAUUUUACAGAUAAACGGAAUAGAUUUGUCUAAUUUAACUCAAUCCCAAGUAACUUCACUUUUAAAGAAAAUUCCAAUUGGAGAAACAAUUAGUUUAAUAAUUAGUAGCCAAACAGAAGAAAAACAACAACAACAGCAAAAUGAAGAAAAAGAAAAUUUAAAAGAAAAAUUUUCAAAAAAUCUUUUUGAAGAGUUAAAACAACAAUUAAUUGGGGAAACAUUUUUGAAAAUUAUUCAAAUGUUAAUUCCUUUAAAUGAAACGCCUGGUGCUGGUUUAGGUAUUUCUGUUAAGGCACAAAGAAUGGGUUGUAAUGAUUUGGGUUUGUAUGUUAGAAGUAUUUUACAUGGAUCAGCUGCUUACAAAGAUGGAAGAUUAAAAGUAAAUGAUCGUUUAAUUGGAAUUGAAGAAGUUAAUUUAUUAAAUUAUUCUUUAAAUGGAGAGGCUUUGGAUGCAUUUAUGGGAACAUUAUCACAAAUACCAACAAAUAAAAAGACAGUUUUAUUAUUUAUUGCAAGAAUUAAAGAAGAGGAAGAGAAGGGAGAAGGAAAUUUAAAUGAAAAAUUAAAACACCAACAACAUCAGAGCCGUUGGGGAAGUGAUUCUGAAUUAAGCCAAAAAGAACAAUUUGUGAGGGAUUCUGUUACUAGAAGAUCAAUUAGUGAAAAACGCCCUUUGGGUCAGCACAACGACCCUUCACAUUUACGAACUUAUCGAAGAAUUUUGCAUCAAAGACAAACUAGUGCUCCAGCAGUCAGUUCAGUAUUUCGUUCUCGUCGUUCAUUGCAUGAACCUUUAAAUAUUAGCAGUCCUGAAGAACCCCGCUCUAGAAAAAGUCGUCCAAGAACAACUUUCUAUGACGGUGAUUGUUUUACUACAAAAUAUGAAUCCCAAACCCUUCCAUCACCAAAAAAUCAAUCAAAAAUUGUUUGUCCAGGCAGUUAUUCCCCACAAAGAAAAUUUCCUUCUUCAGCCCUUUCAAGUAGUAAAUCACAACCAGAUUCCCUUUCUACUCCAAAACCUCAACAAAAAAAUAAUGAAAAUGGAAAAAGGAGGGGAUCUCUUGGAAGUGGACUUUUUAAACUUUUUUCUAGAACUCAUAGUUGUAAAGAAGAUUCACCAAAUAAAAAUAAACCUAAAACAAUUCCCCACCAUCAACAACAACAAUAUAAACAACAACAACCCCCUCCACCCCUAUACUUCCACUCUCCAACAACAUCACCACCAUAUUCAGCAUACGGAUUUUGGCCUCAAUGUUUUCCUCCACCUCCAAUUCCGCAUAGCUUUAAUCAGAAUUGCACUAAUCAUCGUCCACGUUCUCCACUUCCUUCAUCAAUUGCUCCUCCCGGCAUUUUACCUUGGACCCAAUCUUUUCGAUGUCCCCAUCCUUCCUUCAACAGCCAAUUACAUGGGCAUGGGCCCGUAGAAGUGCCCCAUUGGCGACAAGGCGGAAACAAUUUGCUGAGGCACCAACAAAUACAUCCUCGCCGCCAAAUGUUUCCAUUGACUAUUACAACUCAUUUAACACCUUCUUCUCAGCCCCACCACCAAAUCCACCAAAAUUAUUCGGCAGGUUUUAGUAAUUCUACCAACAACAAUUUACAUCAAUCUACUUACAACAAUGAUAAUAAAAAUAAUGUAAAUUUAAAUACUAAAAAGAAAAUUGGAAAAUCAAAACCUUCAGCUAUUUUUUAUGAUGAAUAUAAUAAAAAUAAUAGUAAUAAUUGGGUGAUACGUUGUUAAUAUUUAGAGGAAUAGUAGAGAGAAAUAAAGAAGUGCCUCCUUAUAUUAAAAUACAUAACGAAUAUUUUUUAUUUUCAUCUCAUUUUGCAUUCCAAUAUUUUUCCUUCCACUUAUCCUAUUUUUCUUGAAUUUACUGCUUUCAACCAGCAGAUCAAAAAACCUUUCCUUAUAAGAACAUUGUAAAUUAGAGAAAUAUAGAGAGGAAAACACUAAACAGGGAAAAGAGUAGAUGAUC